CGUCAUGCCGAGCCUCCCGGCCCCGCCGGCCCCGCUGCUGCUCCUCGGGCUGCUGUGGCUCGGCUCCCGGCCGGCCCGGGGCGCCAGCCCCGAGCACCCCGCGCUGCCCAUCCGGCCGGAGAAGGAGCCGCUGCCCAUCCGGGGAGCAGCAGGCUGCUCCUUCGGCGGGAAGGUCUAUGCUUUGGACGAGACGUGGCACCCGGACCUGGGGGAGCCCUUCGGGGUGAUGCGCUGCGUGCUGUGCGCCUGCGAGGCGCCUCAGUGGGGUCGCCGCGCGAGGGGCGCGGGCAGGGUCAGCUGCAAGAACAUCAAACCCGAGUGCCCACCCCUGGCCUGCGGGCAGCCGCGCCAGCUGCCCGGACACUGCUGCCAGACCUGCCCCCAGGAGCGCAGCGGUCCGGAAAAGCAGCCGACAGGCCUGGCCUUCGAGUAUCCGCGGGACCCAGAGCACCGAAGCUACAGCGACCGUGGGGAGCCUGGAGCUGAGGAUCGGGGCCGUGGAGACGGCCACACGGACUUUGUGGCACUGCUGACAGGGCCAAGGUCGCAAGCGGUGGCACGAGCCCGAGUGUCACUGCUGCGCUCUAGUCUGCGGUUCUCCAUCUCCUACCGGCGGCUGGACCGCCCUACCCGAAUCCGCUUCUCAGACUCCACUGGCAGCAUCCUGUUUGAACACCCUGCGGCCCCCACCCAAGAUGGCCUGGUCUGUGGGGUGUGGCGGGCAGUGCCUCGGUUGUCUCUGCGGCUCCUUAGGGCAGAACAGCUGCAUGUGGCACUCGUGACACCCACUCACCCUUCAGGGGAGGUCUGGGGGCCUCUCAUCCGGCACCGGGCCCUGGCUGCAGAGACCUUCAGUGCCAUCCUGACCCUGGAAGGACCCCCACAGCAGGGCAUAGGGGGCAUUGCCCUACUCACUCUCAGUGACACAGAGGACUCCUUGCAUUUUUUGCUGCUCUUCCGUGGGCUGCUGGAAUCCAGGAGUGGGGGACCAGCCCAGGUUCCCUUGCGGCUCCAGAUUCUACACCAGGGGAAGCUAUUGCGAGAGCUCCAGGCCAAUGCCUCAGCCCAGGAGCCAGGCUUUGCUGAAGUGCUGCCCAACCUGACAGCCCAGGAGAUGGACUGGCUGGUGCUGGGGGAGCUGCAGAUGGCCCUGGAGAGGGCAAGUGGGCCAGGGUUGCGCAUCAGUGGACACAUUGCUGCCAGGCAGAGCUGUGACGUCCUGCAAAGUGUCCUUUGCGGGGCCGAUGCCCUGAUCCCAGUUCAGACGGGUGCAGCCGGCUCAGCCAGCCUUACACUGCUAGCAAACGGCUCCCUGGUCUACCAAGUACAGGUGGUAGGUAUAGGCAGUGAAGUGGUGGCCAUGACGCUGGAGACCAAGCCCCAGCGGAGGAACCAGCACACCGUUCUGUGCCACAUGGCUGGACUCCAGCCGGGAGGAUACACGGCCGUGGGUGUCUGCCCUGGGCUGGGUGCCCGGGGGGCUCAUAUGCUGCUGCAGAAUGAGCUGUUCCUGAACGUGGGCACCAAGGACUUCCCAGAUGGAGAGCUGCGGGGGCACGUGGCUGCCCUGCCCCACAGUGGGCACAGCGCCCGCCGUGAGACACUACCUGUGCCCCUGGCAGGAGCCCUGGUGUUGCCCCCGGUGCAGAGCCAGGCAGCAGGGCACGCCUGGCUCUCCCUGGAUACCCACUGUCACCUGCACUAUGAAGUGUUGCUGGCUGGGCUUGGCGGCUCAGAACAGGGCACCAUCACUGCCCACCUCCUUGGGCCUCCUGGGAUGCCAGGGCCCCGGCGGCUGCUGAAGGGAUUCUAUGGCCCAGAGGCUCAAGGGGUGGUGAAGGACCUGGAGCCCGAGCUGCUGCGGCACCUGGCACAGGGUUCUGCUUCCCUGCUGAUCACCACCAAGGGUAGCCCCCAAGGGGAGCUGCGAGGGCAGGUGCGCAUCGCCAACCAGUGCGAGGUGGGCGGCCUGCGCCUGGCGGCAGCAGGGACCGAAGAGUUGCGGGUGCCUGGGGCUUUGGAUGCCGUGGCAGCCGAGACGGCCGCGCCGCCCGCUGGCCCGGGCCCAGAUGCCGCAGCGCCGGCUAAACCUGGUGGCCCCGGGCGGCCCCGAGACCCCAACACCUGCUUCUUCGAGGGGCAGCAGCGCCCCCACGGGGCUCGCUGGGCUCCUAAUUAUGACCCCCUCUGCUCGCUCUGCACCUGCCAGAGGCGCACGGUAAUUUGUGACCCCGUGGUGUGCCCGCCACCCAGCUGCCCAAGCCCCGUGCAGGCGCCGGACCAGUGCUGCCCUGUGUGCCCAGAGAAACAAGAUGUCAGAGACCUGCCGGGGCUGCUGAAGAACAGGGACCCCGGAGAGGGCUGCUAUUUUGAUGGUGACCGGAGCUGGCGGGCAGCGGGCACCCGGUGGCACCCUGUCGUGCCUCCAUUUGGCUUAAUUAAGUGCGCUGUCUGCACCUGCAAGGGGGACACUGGAGAGGUGCACUGUGAGAAGGUGCAGUGUCCCCGGCUGGCCUGUGCCCAGCCUGUCCGCGCUAACCCCACUGACUGCUGCAAACAAUGUCCAGUGGGGUCAGGGACCCACCCCCAAGUGGGGGACCCCAUGCAGGCUGACGGGCCACGGGGCUGCCGUUUUGCAGGGCAGUGGUUCCCAGAGAGCCAGAGCUGGCACCCUUCGGUGCCCCCCUUUGGGGAGAUGAGCUGUAUCACCUGCAGAUGUGGGCAGCCCCAGAGACCAGGACAGUUCCAGAGCUGGAGAAAGAAGCUGAAGGCUCCUAGGGAGCAGCCAGAAGGUCGCGUGACCAAGAGGAUGGGGCCUGGGCCGGGGAAGGAGGGGCACCGAGGACCGCGCAUUCUCCUGUGGGAAGCCCAAUGCCUCUGGCCCCUCUUUUCUGCCUCUUCUCCCUCCUCCACUACCUCUGGGAACCACAACUCCACAAGGGGGAGGGGCAGCCAGGGCAGACCAAGGCCACGUCCCCUCCAGCUCCGGCCUUGUCACCCUCCAGCCUCUGCCUGGGAAGCCCAACCCCUUUCCUUCUGUACAUAAUGUCACUGGCUUGUUGGGAUUUUUAAUUUAUCCUCACUCAGCACCAAGGGUCCCCCCACUUCACUCCUGCUGCCCCUGAGCUGAGCAGAGUCAUUAUUGGAGAUUUUUGUAUUUAUUAAAACUUU